CGAUGUAACAUUGUAACGCCCCCCCUCUCCGCUCCCCUCCCCGCUCUCAGUCUCUCUCUCUCUCUCUCUCUCUCCGUAUCGUCCGUAUACACUGCCACUGUAGCUGUUCUUCCCACCGUCAGCGCCGCUGGCGCGGCGCUCUCCCUUCCGUUUUCCUCUUUCUACCUGUGCUCUACUGCUUUCUUCACUUUCAACUCCUAAGAACCAGUUCGUCGACGCGGCCUCUGCUCAUGUUAUCCAUCCUCCCAUUCUGAAGCUCUGCAGUCUGAUCUUCUUUGCCUCUCAUUCCACGCUUAGCUUGGAAUUAAGAAUAGGUUCCCUAAUUGCGCGCUUCUCUAUUGAAGAUCUGUACUGUUUGUUGGAGAAUGAAGAGGGUUUUCCUCAAUGCAGGGUUGGGACGGAAUUAAUUCAAGGUUUUCUGGGGCAAAUUCUCAGUUCCGGACAUGUCUCGACACCCUGCAACCGCUCAUUUCCACAAAUCUAAAACGCUAUAUGACAAAUAUAUGCUUGGAGAUGAGAUUGGAAAGGGGGCGUACGGGCGCGUUUACAAGGGCCUUGACCUGGAAAAUGGGGACUUUGUGGCAAUCAAGCAGGUUUCCUUGGAGAAUAUCUCCCAGGAGGAUCUUAAUAUAAUAAUGCAAGAAAUUGAUCUACUGAAGAAUCUUAACCACAAAAAUAUUGUGAAGUACCUCGGAUCUUUAAAGACAAAGACGCACCUGCAUAUCAUUCUAGAGUAUGUUGAAAAUGGUUCACUUGCUAACAUUAUUAAGCCAAACAAAUUCGGGCCCUUCCCUGAGUCAUUAGUGGCUGUUUACAUAUCUCAGGUUUUAGAAGGUUUGGUUUAUUUGCAUGAGCAAGGAGUUAUUCACCGAGACAUCAAGGGUGCAAAUAUUUUGACUACCAAAGAGGGCCUUGUUAAACUUGCUGAUUUUGGUGUUGCAACAAAAUUAAAUGAAGCAGAUCUUAAUACACAUUCAGUGGUUGGAACACCAUAUUGGAUGGCCCCUGAGGUAAUUGAAAUGUCGGGGGUCUGUGCUGCAUCAGAUAUCUGGAGUGUUGGCUGCACUGUUAUUGAAUUGCUUACAUGCGUUCCUCCUUAUUAUGAGCUUCAACCUAUGCCAGCUCUCUUUCGUAUUGUGCAGGAUCCACAUCCCCCAAUACCUGAGGGCCUAUCUACUGAUAUUACUGAUUUUCUACGGCAAUGUUUUAAAAAGGAUGCUUUGCAAAGGCCAGAUGCAAGAACGUUGCUACAACAUCCUUGGAUUCAGAAUUCGAAACGUGCUCUGCAGUCCUCUCUCCGUGAAAUAGGUGGAUCACUUAAGAACAUAGAUGAAGAUGCUGCGAUCACUGAAAACAAUUCAGUGGGGAAUAUUCUCGGUGUUGGUGGGCCAUCUGAGGGUACAGUAAAGGGUGAUGAUACCAACUUGGAGAAAGUGAAAUCUGAAAGGGAUUCUUUGGCUUCCAGCUCUUUGGAAAGGAAUGGAACAGAUGAGAGUCAAACUGGAAAGAAUAACAUUACCCAAGAUACCUCCCCGGAAGGUGUUGAUAGUUUGACAGAUGAUGUGCUUUCUGCUAGAGACCCAACUUUAGUUUUUCAUCAGAAACCAAUGGCCUCAUCUUCUGUUAAAGAAGCUUCUAGUGCCAAUUCAAAAAUAGACAAUCCACAAAUAUUGAGUGAACCUUCUCCUGAUGUAGCAAAUGGACUGGUCAGGGUUGCUGUGGGUGAGGGAGAAAAUGGUUUAGAUGUCGAGCGCGAUGAUGAAGGAAGCUCCAGCCCCGAUGAAAGUAGCUUAUUCUCCUUCCGGGCUGGAAUGCGAAAAUUUGAUUCUCAUAAGGUUAUGAAUCCCUCAACUGUAACUGGAGUGGAUGACUUGAGUAGAUUCAGGGAUUCCCCUGGAGAUGCUUUGCUGGAUGAUUUAUUUCAGCCACUGGAUAGGGUUCCAGGAGAUCAAGGUGCAGAAGUUUCAACUUCCACAACAGAUCACGGAAAUGUAUUAAGUGAUGGCGCUAAAAGUUACCUGGCCAAGGAACUCAAGGCUAGGAUGGCCCAGAAGCACUUGGAAACUGAAAUAAAAGAACGAAAAGGUGGAAAGCUUUUGGAUUAUGUGAUGGAUGUGAUUGAUAUUGAUGGCCCGGUUUUUGAGGAGAAUUUGCCAGCAGAGAACAUUUUUCUCAUUCAGUCUGUAGAGUUCAACAAAUUAGUUGGAUUGCUGAAGCCAGAGAAACCAGAGGAUGUAAUUUUGUCAGCAUGCCAGAAACUUCUCUCAUUCUUUGUUCAACGUCCAGAGCAAAAGCAUGUUUUUGUAUCGCAGCAUGGGUUUCUUCCUCUUAUUGAUCUUCUUGAAAUUCCAAGAAACCGUGUCAUAUGUUCUGUACUUCAGAUUAUCAACCAGAUUGUCAUGGAUAAUGUUGGUUUCCAAGAAAAUGCUUGUCUUGUGGGCCUUAUUCCAGUAGUAAUGAACUUUGCAGUGCCUGAUCGCCCUCGUGAAGUUAGAAUACAAGCUGCUUUUUUUCUUCAGCAGCUUUGCCAGUCCAGUACCUUAACACUGCAAAUGUUUAUUGCCUGUCGGGGAAUACCUGUGCUAGUGGGUUUUCUCGAGGCUGAUUAUGCGAAGUAUAGGGAAAUGGUUCACCUUGCUAUAGAUGGCAUUCGGCAUGUAUUUAAGCUCCAACAUUCCACUCCAAGAAAUGACUUCUGCCGUAUCGCUGCCAAGAAUGGAAUUCUUCUUAGACUUGUCAACAUUCUUCACAGCAUGAAUGAGACAGCUCGCUUGGCAUCUGUACAAAAUGGUGCAGCUGCACGGCCCAGAUCUGGUCCAUUGGAUGUUCCUCACACAGUUGUAGCUGCUGAAUCAUUUCAUUUAUCAGCUUCUACUUCAGGGCCUGUUGCGAACAUGUUGGAGAUGAAGCAGUUUUUUGGAGACGCGGAUAAGAAUCAUCUCGGCAAUGCUCCACUGGAGGCUUCAUUAUCUUCUAAGGCAUCUGAAAUUGUUACAGAAAAUUCUGGGAACACAACUAACAGAGGGUCUUCAGCUGCAGCUUCAGAGGAACAUGAGCAUUCGGGUCUCUGGAAGCCUGAUAUUCAUCGAUUGGAAGCUGACCUGAUUAGGCAACAAAGGUCGACUGAUUGUGCUAGCAGAACUUCUACGGACAAACCUAUAAAGCAUGUGGAUCUUACAUCAAAUGGACAUCCCAGUAGUGUUAACACAUUGUCUUCCCAAAAGGAACAAGUGCGCCCACUGCUGAGCUUGUUCAACAAAGAACCACCUUCUCGAAAUGUUUCUGGGCAGCUUGAUUAUGUGCGCAACCUUCCUGCUCUAGAAAGACAUGAAAGCAUAUUACCCCUUCUACAUUCUUCAGCGGAAAGGAAAACAAAUGGAGAACUUGAGCUUUUGAUGGCAGAAUUUGCUGAGGUUUCUAGACAAGGUAAGGAAAUUGAACGUGCUGAUUUCAACGGAAAGCUGUCUAAGAGGGCGAGCACGAAGGUUUUACCACAAUCCAUAGGUUCAACAACUUCGAAUGAAGGUGCCUCGACAUCUAGUGUUGCUUCACAGACAGCAUCAGGAGUUUUAUCUGGGUCUGGUGUUCUGAACGCUAGACCUGGUAGUACAACAUCUUCUGGAUUACUUUCUCAAAUGGUGUCAUCUCUAAAUGCUGAUGUGGCUCGAGAGUAUCUUGAGAAGGUUGUAGAUCUUUUGCUAGAAUUUGCUCAAGCUGAUUCUACUGUAAAAUCCUACAUGUGUAGCCAAAGCUUGCUGGCUCGACUUUUCCAAAUGUUCAACAAGAUAGAGCCCCCUAUUCUAACAAAGAUCCUCAUGUGUAUUAAUCAUCUUUCUGGGGAUCCAAACUGUUUAGACUCUCUUCAGCGUGCAGAGGCCAUCAAGCAUCUGAUUCCUAAUCUUGGACUGCAUGAAGGACCUUUUGUCUCUCAAAUACAUGGUGAAGUACUUAGUGCAUUAUUCAACCUUUGCAAAAUAAACAAGAGGAGGCAGGAACAAGCCGCUGAGAAUGGAAUUAUUCCCCAUCUAAUGAACUUUAUUUUGUCUGAUUCAAACUUGAAACUGUGGGCAUUGUCUCUGCUUUGUGACAUGGCCUAUGCUUCCCGAAACUCAAGGGAGCAGUUGAGGGUUCACGGUGGAUUGGAUGUAUAUCUAAAUCUAUUGGAGGAUGAAGCAUGGGCUGUUACCGCAUUAGAUUCUCUUGCAGUCUGCUUGGCUCAUGACAGCGACCACAGGAAAGUUGAACAAGCUCUACUGAAGAAAGAAGCUAUUCAGAAGUUGGUGAAGUUCUUCCAGAACUGCCCACAGCAAUAUUUUGUGAAUAUAUUGGAGCCAUUCUUGAAGAUCAUUACGAAAUCGCCGCGAAUAAAUACUGCAAUGGCCACCAAUGGGCUUACUACUCAGCUCAUUUCAAGACUAGACCAUCAAGAUGCUAUUGCGAGACUCAAUCUUCUUAAAUUAAUCAAGGCUGUUUAUGAGCAUCAUCCAAGACCAAAGCAGCUUAUAGUGGAAAACGACCUCCCUCAGAAGCUCCAAAAUUUGAUAGAAGAGCGCAGGGAUGGACAGAGAUCUGGAAGGCAGGUCCUGGUUAAGCAAAUGGCCACUGCGCUGCUAAAAGCUCUUCAUAUCAAUACUGUUUUGUAGAUUUGGACUGAAAUAUCUUUUAAUUUGUUAACUUCUCUUUCUUUAUCAGGGAAAUGUAAUUAUUUUGCCCCAGUUUUUCCUGUGAGCAAGGCUUGUGAUUUAGCUUGGUUAGGUGGUUUUUUAAUGAAUGAAUGUUAAUUUGUUUAUGAUUCUUUUGUUUACUUGCUAGCAUUUGAUUUGAGCUUACUAUGUUAAACACCAGAGAUUAAAGUUAGUCAUUUAUUCAACAGGAAAAUAUAUCUUUUUUUA